AUGAGCUGCUUCCGCUUGCUCCUCACUCCAGUGGAAGUGUGGAACCCCACGAAUCAAGCAAGACACCCCCACGACCACCGGCGAUUGACCAUGGCGGCCGCCAACGCAUUUACCAGCGCUUCCAUGCCCUGCGCUGCGAGCCUGAGCGGCUCUGCCAAUGUGAUCGCCGUGUGCCCACGCUCCGUGGCUGCCGCGAGGACGUCGCCCUCGUCGUGCUUGCGUCCUGCGCGGUGCGCCGCCGUCCGGACAGCAGCGCCCGUGGCGGCAACGUCGGAGGGUGACGAGAGGCGGUUCGAGCAGCUGGCGGUCCCGCCGGAGCUGGUGGAUGAGCUCGUGGAGGAGGCGCUCGUCUGGUGCUCGCAGCACGGCCUCGUCGUCGGCGACAAGAACCACCCGAGAUCAGGAAAGGCACCCGGUGUUGGUCUGCUCCAUGCUCCGUUUGCUCUCUUGCCAAUGUCAUUCCCAAAGGUUUACUGGGAGCAGGCGCUUGAGUUGGCUCCACUUUUCAAUGAGCUCGUUCACCGUGUCAGCCUCGAUGGAGACUUCUUGCAGCAGACUUUGGCGAGGACAAAAGAAGUGGAUCCAUUCACUAGGAGGCUUCUAGAUAUUCACUCGAAGAUGAUGGAACUGAACAAGAAAGAGGACAUUCAGUUGGGUCUAACCAGGUCAGACUACAUGGUAGAUGGGGCAACGGACAAGCUUCUUCAAGUGGAGCUCAACACGAUCUCCACAUCCUCCAAUGGUCUUGCUUGUGGUGUAUCUGAGCUCCACAGAAAUCUGAUCAGACACCAUGAGAGGGAACUUGGUUUGGAUCCAGCUAGUGUUGUUGGAAACACUGCGAUAACCCAGCACGCCGAAGCAUUAGCCACUGCAUGGGCCGAGUACAACAACCAAAGCGCAGUAGUUCUGGUCGUUGUUCAAGCAGAAGAAAGGUACAUGUAUGACCAGUACUGGAUCACGGUCGCGCUGAGAGAAACGUAUGGGGUCACGACUAUUCGCAAGACAAUGGCAGAAAUAGAAGCGGAGGGGGAUCUUCGUCCUGAUGGGACGCUCGUGAUAAAUGGACGCCCAGUUGCAGUAGUUUACUUCAGGGCAGGCUACUCACCGGCUGAUUACCCAUCAGAAGCUGAAUGGAGAGCAAGACUCUUGAUCGAGCGUUCUUCUUCUAUUAAGUGCCCAUCAAUAGCACACCAUCUUGUCGGUACAAAGAAGAUUCAGCAAGAACUGGCAAAGGAAAAAGUGCUUGAAAGGUUUCUUGACAACAAAUCCGACAUCGAAAAUGUACGAAAAUGCUUCGCAGGAUUGUGGAGUUUGGAGACUGACAAUAUAGUCAAUUCCGCUAUUGAAUCACCGGAGUUGUUUGUUCUCAAACCACAAAGGGAGGGUGGAGGGAACAACAUUUACGGUGAUAAUCUGCGUGAAACGUUGAUUCGCCUUCGGAAGGAUGGAAGCAAUGAAAUUGCAGCAUACAUCUUAAUGCAGAGGAUAUUCCCACCAACAUCCCCCAGCUAUCUUGUCCGCGAGGGAACUUUUGUUAGGGAUAAUGUGGUUUCUGAGUUUGGAAUAUUUGGAGCCUACCUGAGGAACAAAGACAAGGUCAUUAUAAAUGAUCAGUGCGGUUAUUUGUUGAGGACGAAAGCAGCUUCACUAAAUGAAGGUGGGGUGGUCGCUGGAUAUGCGUUUUUGAAUAGCAUAUUUCUGACAUGA